CGCUCACUGAGGCCUGCGCCGGGCGCUCGCCCGCCGGUCCGUCCCCAGUCUCUCCAAGGCGCCCGAGGCCCAAUGUGUGGGCGGAGAAGCUGCUCGGACCCGAACCCCGACCUCCCUCCGGGACAACCUGACCUGCGGGGACCUUGCGUGAGAGAAGGUUCUCACUGGCUGCCCAGAAGUCCUGUUCCGCUGUGCAAUGCAUUGCCACAGAGCUCUGUUCAAACGGGGGCUGCUUCACCCUGGCAGAAAACUACUGGCAUCUUCAUUGAUGCACGGACAAUUGCAGCAGGAUGUGCAAGCCCAUCAACCCUUGCUACCCAUGCUUUACAAAUGCAGUGACCUGCUGCAACCAUGCAAGAGGGAGUUUCACUUGGCUGCCGUUUGCAGAAACCAAGAGGUGGAGUUCACAAGUGUGCAGUAUGGUGUCCAGCGUUUAGCAUUUGCUACUGUCACAAAAGAAGACCUGAUGUUCUUUGAACGUCUGCUGCCAGGCCGUGUGGUGACCGAUCCUGAUGUAUUGGAAGCAAGCAAUGUAGACUGGCAACGGAUGUUACGAGGUCAUAGCAAGGUACUAUUGAGAUCUCAGACAACAGAAGAGGUAUCCCAGAUCCUCAGGUACUGUAACCAUCGGAACCUGGCUGUGAACCCUCAAGGUGGCAACACAGGAUUAGUGGGAGGAAGUGUGCCAGUGUUUGAUGAGAUCAUUGUCUCAACAGCUCAAAUGAAUAACAUCAUCAGUUUCAACGCCAACUCCGGAGUUCUGAUCUGCCAGGCUGGCUGCAUUUUGGAAAAUUUAAACAAUUACCUUGAGGAACAAGAUUUUAUUAUGCCCCUUGACUUGGGAUCAAAAGGUAGCUGUCACAUUGGUGGAAAUGUGGCCACCAAUGCUGGAGGAUUGAGACUGUUGAGGUAUGGCUCUCUGCGUGGGACAGUACUUGGACUGGAAGUGGCACUUGCAGAUGGAACUGUCUUAAACUGUCUAACUUCACUUCGCAAAGACAACACAGGCUACGAUCUCAAACAGCUUUUUAUUGGAUCUGAAGGAACUCUUGGGAUAAUCACAGCUGUGUCCAUCUUGUGUCCGAGGAAGCCAGCCUCUGUCAACGUAGUCCUUCUAGGUUGUGACAGCUUUGACAAACUCUUGGACAUAUUCAAGGAAUCCAAAGGCACGUUGGGUGAAAUUCUCUCUGCGUUUGAGUUCAUGGAUUACGGGUGCAGAGAGAUUGUCUGUGAGCAUCUGAAACUGACAAACCCAUUGCGAGAGGCACCAUUUUACAUCUUGAUAGAAACAUCGGGAUCCAGCAGUGAUCAUGAUCAGGAGAAGCUUAAUUGGUUCCUGGAGAAGGUCAUGACCUCUGGUCUGGUGACUGAUGGGACAAUAGCAACCGAGGAAAAUAAGAUAAAGGCACUCUGGGCUCUGCGAGAACGGAUCACUGAGGCACUAGUCCGUGAUGGCUAUACAUAUAAAUAUGACAUCUCGUUACCUCUGGAGAAAAUCUACGAGAUUGUCAUUGACAUGAAGAGAAGACUGGGGGAGAAGGCAAAGCGUGUUGUUGGCUAUGGGCACCUGGGUGAUGGAAACUUGCAUCUGAAUAUUGUAUCUCAUGCACAAGAUCAGCAACUUCUGGACAACAUUGAGCCCUACUUGUAUGAAUGGACAGCUCAGCAUUAUGGAAGCAUCAGUGCAGAGCAUGGCCUUGGCUUUAAGAAGAAAGACUUGAUUUAUUUCAGUAAGCCCAGGGUGGCAGUGCAGAUUAUGCAGCAGAUGAAAGCAAUUCUGGAUCCAAAGGGAAUUUUAAAUCCCUAUAAAACUCUGCCGUCCUCCAGCCAGUGAAAUCACAAGAAGCAGAAAUUUCACUAGGCAUCUUGCCUGCAAAUGCUAACAAUUUUUAUUUUUGUUAGGUUUAAGUUCGUCAAGGUGGGAAAUAUCAGUAUGAGCUUCUGGAUCACGUGUAGCUCAGUUAGACACAGAGUAAAGCCCCUCCACUCAUACAAGCUGCUGCGGUAAGCUCACGAGCUCUGUUGUUUGUUAUUUAUAGCCAUCGUGGACCAGUGCCUCAGUGAUCUGUUCUUGCAGAGCCCAGAGUGCCUACAGGGAAGAACAAAUUCAUUAGCUCUUGUCAUUCUAACAUAAUGUUUCCAUUUAAAGCAAAAGAGCACAGUCUUAGAAUGACCCAAAUCAUUUCCCAGCCAUGGUUAAACUGCAUGAACUGUGGCAGCCAAUUCCCACACUACAAGAUCCUACAGAUACCAAUAUCAUAACAACCAAUAGUCUGCUUGUAUCUUGGAGAUAGAUAAAUAUUGGCCAGAACAGUAGGUAAAAGAAAAUCUGCUCUUGUUCAAAACAGUGAGAUGAAAUUGUUUGCAGCAUGCCAAGGAAUCUUGCUUUAAUGCAGUAACAUCCCAUUAGUACUGCAAUGGAACAUCAGCCCAGUGUACAAGCUUGGAGUUGGACGAAAAGCCAUGACUUCUCAACUCAUUGCUGUCCUCCAAACCCCAGACGUAUAUAUUUUUAAAAAUCUCAUGGCUCCUGUGAUGAGAUAAUCAGGAACUGCUAAACUGUAAUAUGCCCAUUGGGUGUUUGGAAAUUACUCAGGUUCAUUUACAAUUCUCACAGCUAACAUUGAGGAGAAUUUUAUCCUAUCACUCUGAAUGUGUUUUGGUCCCAGAGCUUUAAUGUGCUCUUCAGAUAGUUGAGAAAUAGUAGAACAGUGAUAAUGGGACAGUACUUUCAGAGUAAUGUGCCUGUGUUCUGUGGGGAUUAUUAAAGCUAAAAACAUCAUUGUCAAACAAGAGAGGAAGAAAGGGGAUUAGACAGCUAAAAAAUUCUUUUAUGUGGCUCUGUUUGCUGUGAUGGUAUGGUUUAACAGAAUUGAAAACAAAAACUGAAUAUGAAUCUGAAGUCUGACAGAAUUUCUGAUGCAGGGUUUCAACCCAACAUGUCAACAGUUCCUUUCCCCACACAGAUACUGCCUGACCCACUGAGUUCCUUCAGCAGAUUACUUGUUGCUCCAGAUUCCAACAUCUACAGUCUUUUGUGCCUCUGACAGAAUGUCACCCUCCAGCCUCAAUGACCUGUGGAAAAUAAAUCAAACUUAAGAUGCUGGAAUCUGAAACAAAUAAAGAAACCCCCAGGAGGAUCACUGACCCAUAACAUUGACCUGGUUUCUCUUUCCAUAGAUGCUGCUUGACUGGCUGAGUUUUUCCAGCAUUUCUGUUUUUGUUUCUGUGCUGAUUUUCUGCUUUUUAUGGGCUUUGGUUGGUUAUUUUAUGACAAUAUCCUGCUGAGGGACUGUUUAUCAAAGCAGAUUUAAUUUACCAGGCUUAUGUGAGCUACAGUUUCAUGAAGCUCCAUUGACAAUGCACUUAUUGGUAGGGGAUGUGCAGAUUCUGAAACUGGGUACUUGCUUUAUAUGAAAACAUAUGUUUGAAACACUCAGCAGGUCAGGCAGCAUCUGUGGAAAGAGAAACAGUUAACAUUUCAGGUCCAGACCCUUUAACAGCCUGCUCAAAGAGGACAUUGGGCUUUUGGAUCCAUGGUGAUAACCUGACCUUAGUGUGACUGAGUAUUAAUGCACCUGACCUUUGGACCCACAGAUUUGACUGGUCAGUGGCGCAGGCAGAGAUAGAGACAGCAGUUGUUACAGCUGCCACACAGCUCCAGUUUGAUUCUGACCACUGGUACUGUCUGUGUGGAGUUUGCACACUUUCUCUGUGGAUACUGCAGUUUGCUUCACAUCCCAAAUACAUGCUAGUUGGUGGAUUAAUUGGCCAUUGUAAAUAAUAUUUAGUGCAAGUGGGUGGUGAGUGAAUCAGGCUGGAGUUGAUGGGCAUGUGAGAGGGGAAGUAUGUGGGGAAAUAGGACUGACGGGAUUGCACUGAGAGCAAAUGUAGUCUUGAUGGUCAGAGUGGCUUUCUUCUGUGUUGUGAGAAAUGUUGUCAAAGUCUUGGCUUCUUCUCUGAACUGUCCUUCCUGGACCACUGCUGUUCUGAGUCUCUGUCCCUCCUCCAAACUUAGUGUUUUUUUCAACAUUCUUCUUCACUGCCUCCUUCAGAUGAACCGUCAUGGGCUAAAUUUUGCUUUCCAAUGAGAAUGGCUGAGGAGCAAACCAGUUGGAUUCAGGUAAGGCUGGGAGUUAGAAGACUGCAGGGGCUCCAACCUUCCCAAAUGUAUCAUCUUCCCAAAAACAGAUGCUGCCUGACCCGCUGAGUUCGGUGGUGGAGGCAGAGACUCUCACAACAUUCAUGUAUCUAGGUGAGCACUUGAAUUGCCAAGGCAGAGAAAGCUACAGACCAAGUGCUGGUAAAUGGGAUGAGUGUAGCUGAAUAUCAUAUUUAUUAUUACCAUGGAUACUGUUUACUCUAUGAGCUUCAUGCAAACAAGGAAUUUAAUUGUACCCUGGUGGAAAUGACAAUAAACUAAUCUAAUCUAA